AUGCCGCGCGAGAUUCGUGCUCUCUCUACCACCAGCGAUGUCAAUCGCAUCGAGGCUCCAGUUACCUGGAAGGCGUACCUGAUCUGCGCCUUUGCUUCCUUUGGGGGCAUCUUCUUUGGCUACGACUCGGGUUAUAUCAACGGUGUCAAUGGCGCCCCCGAGUUCAUUCGCAUCAUUGAGGGUCCCAAUGCCACUGCCCUGUCUUCCCCCCACUCGUCUCUCAUCGUCUCUAUUCUUUCCUGCGGCACCUUCUUUGGCGCCAUCAUCGCCGGCGAUGUCGCUGAUUUCAUCGGCCGUAAAUGGACGGUCAUUUACGGCUGCCUUAUUUACAUGUUCGGGGUAAUUUUGCAGAUGGCCACCGGCCAAGGUCAUGGUCUCGGAUUGAUCGUUUCCGGCCGUUUGAUUGCCGGUAUUGGUGUCGGCUUCGAAAGCGCCAUUGUCAUCUUGUACAUGAGCGAGAUUUGCCCUCGAAAGGUCCGCGGUGCUCUCGUGGCUGGAUACCAAUUCUGCAUUACUGUAGGUAUUCUUUUAGCCUCAUGUGUCGUUUACGGAACCAAGAAUCGACCCGAUACGGGCUCGUACCGAAUUCCCAUCGCCAUCCAGUUCGCUUGGGCUCUCAUUCUCGGCGGUGGCUUGCUCUUCCUGCCCGACUCGCCCAGAUACUAUGUCAAGAGAGGCAAACUCGAGAAGGCCAUUGAAUCCCUAUCUCGUCUUCGUGGCCAGCCCCCGGAUUCCGAGUACAUUCAAGUCGAAGUGGCUGAGAUUGUCGCGAACGACGAAUAUGAGCGCGAAAUGAUUCCCAGCUCUGGCUGGUUCUCGAGCUGGCUCAACUGCUUCAAGGGUGGCCUUUGGCAUCAAAAGUCCAAUCUUCGUCGAACUAUCCUCGGUACUUCUCUCCAGAUGAUGCAGCAAUGGACCGGUAUCAACUUCAUCUUCUACUACUCGACUCCCUUUCUGCAGUCGACUGGUGCCAUUACCAACCCAUUCUUGAUCUCGUUGAUCUUUAACCUGGUCAAUGUCUGCUCGACUCCUGUGUCCUUCUACACGGUGGAGAAAUUCGGUCGACGCCCACUUCUCAUCUGGGGCGCGUUCGGUAUGCUGGUGUGCGAAUUCAUCGUCGCUAUCGUCGGUGUUACCGUCGGCUUCAACAAGACUCAUAUCAAUGCGGCUGGCGAUACCCGUGCCAACAAUAUCUCCGCAGUCAAUGCCCAAAUCUCUUUCAUUGCGAUCUACAUCUUCUUCUUUGCCUCCACUUGGGGUCCCGGUGCCUGGAUCGUUAUUGGCGAGAUUUUCCCGCUCCCCAUUCGCUCCCGCGGCGUUGGUUUGUCGACCGCGUCUAACUGGCUGUGGAAUACCAUCAUCGCCGUUAUCACUCCUUACAUGGUCGGCGAAGACAAGGGCAACCUGCGUUCGUCCGUGUUCUUUAUCUGGGGCGGUCUCUGCACCGCGGCGUUCGUGUACGCAUACUUUCUGGUGCCCGAGACCAAGGGUCUGUCUCUCGAACAGAUCGACAAGAUGAUGGAAGAAUCCACACCACGGACCUCGUCCAAAUGGAAGCCUACUAAGACUUUCGCCGACCAAAUGGGCAACGAGGCCGGCAUCCUCAACAAGGAACUUGCUGCGGACGUCGAGCGGAAGGGCUCUGACUUUUAA